CCCCGGGUGCCGCCCCCGCCAUAGCACACAACAACAGAGUCGAGUCAUCGCAUCCUAUUGCGCCUGAUAAUCAACAGCUUAGCUAGAGCCGAGAGCGAGCAGCAGCAGCCAUGGUGCUCUCCAGGGCCGCCUCCGACACCGACGUGUCGGUGCACUCCACCUUCGCCUCCCGCUAUGUCCGCUCGUCCCUCCCGAGGUACCGGAUGCCGGAGAACUCGAUCCCCAAGGAGGCGGCGUACCAGAUCAUCAACGACGAGCUGAUGCUGGACGGCAACCCGCGGCUGAACCUGGCGUCCUUCGUCACCACGUGGAUGGAGCCCGAGUGCGACAAGCUCAUCAUGGCCUCCAUGAACAAGAACUACGUCGACAUGGACGAGUACCCGGUCACCACCGAGUUCCAGAACCGGUGCGUGAACAUGAUCGCGCAUCUCUUCCACGCGCCGCUGGGCGAGUCGGAGACGGCCGUGGGCGUGGGCACGGUGGGGUCGUCGGAGGCCAUCAUGCUGGCCGGGCUGGCCUUCAAGCGGAGGUGGCAGAACAAGCGCAGGGCCGAGGGCAAGCCCUUCGACAAGCCCAACAUCAUCACCGGCGCCAACGUCCAGGUGUGCUGGGAGAAGUUCGCUCGGUACUUUGAGGUGGAGCUCAAGGAGGUGAAGCUGCGGGAGGGGUACUACGUCAUGGACCCGGAGCAGGCGGUGGAGAUGGUGGACGAGAACACCAUCUGCGUCGCCGCCAUCCUCGGCUCCACGCUCAACGGCGAGUUCGAGGACGUCAAGCGCAUCAACGACCUGCUGGAGGAGAAGAACAAGCGGACCGGGUGGGAGAUGCCGAUCCAUGUGGACGCGGCGAGCGGCGGCUUCAUCGCGCCGUUCCUGUACCCGGAGCUGGAGUGGGACUUCCGGCUGCCGUGGGUCAAGAGCAUCAACGUGAGCGGCCACAAGUACGGCCUCGUCUACCCCGGCAUCGGCUGGUGCGUGUGGCGCACCAAGGAGGACCUCCCCGACGAGCUCAUCUUCCACAUCAACUACCUCGGCUCCGACCAGCCCACCUUCACCCUCAACUUCUCCAAGGGCUCCAGCCAGGUCAUCGGCCAGUACUACCAGCUCAUCCGCCACGGCAUCGAGGGGUACACGAAGAUCAUGGAGAACUGCCAGGAGAACGCCAUGGUGGUGAAGGAGGGCCUGGAGAAGACGGGGCGCUUCAGCAUCGUGUCCAAGGACGAGGGCGUGCCGCUGGUGGCCUUCUCGCUCAAGGACCGCAGCCGGCACGACGAGUUCGAGAUCUCCGACAUGCUGCGCCGCUUCGGCUGGAUCGUGCCGGCCUACACCAUGCCGGCGGACGCGCAGCACGUGACCGUGCUCCGCGUCGUCAUCCGGGAGGAGUUCAGCCGCACCCUCGCCGAGCGCCUCGUGCUCGACAUCGACACCGUCAUGGCCCAGCUCGACGCGCUGCCCUCCAAGCUCGCGCCCCCGGCGCUGCUGCCGGCCGCGCUGCCCAAGACCGUCGUCGUCGCCAACGGCCACGUCAAGAAGACGGAGCUCGAGACGCAGAAGUCGGUCACGGAGGCCUGGAAGAAGUUUGUGCUCGCCAAGAAGACCAACGGCGUCUGCUAGUCCCCAGAUUAGGAGUCUCCAAAACCCAAAUCAUGCUCAGAUCGUGAAGCUACCGAUCUUACUUAUUCGAGUGAAACUAUAUUAUAGGUUGAUUUAGGCCGAGUUUGUAACCAAAAUUUUGCUGUGGCUUUUAUGACUUGCGCAAUUGCGCUGCAGUGAUGGUACUAUUUUUCUGUCAAAUGGUUCUGCAAAUUUAUUUAUU